AUGUCUCUCAAACGGCGCGACUUCUCUUGGUCCCCAGGCCAACAUGCCUAUGUCAUUCUCCCCACGCGCACCGGGGAGGACCGAGAUGUGAUUUAUUUGGUGAAAGGCUGCAAUGGAUUCACAAAACGGCUCAUGGACCACGCGAGUACUCACGGGACGGGUACGGUCUCUGCGUAUCUGUAUGGCCCCUAUGGAUGCCCACCCGAUUUGCGCAUAUUCUCCACUUGUAUCUUCGUCGCAGGCGGCUCGGGAGUUUCGUACACUCUCCCUCUUUUUUUGAAUCUCAUUCGGUUCGUCACAGUUCCCUCCCUCCUUCGCCACAUUCGAGUGUGUGAGUGGUCCCCGAUCGGGGAUGCGCUAUGCGUGGAUGGUCCUCCAUUGCGGAGUUCCUGUCUGAGGAAACCAGACACGAUAACUCCGCCUAAACCAGAUGCAGACGUUCAGGCCAUGAAGAUUGAAAUGAAGCGCGGACAUACCCAUCCACAUUUACAACCGGGUUGCCGAUCUACUUUUCCGCCUCAUUGUUUCAAGAUCUAUCUCUCAGGCACUACACUUGCAUGUGCCUUGGCUUACCAAAGUAAUUACGGGCGGUGUAGACGAAGCGCCCUCAUCGAGAUGCUCAUCUUCACUAGCCUCCCCCCCGCUGCGCGACGACGGGUUUUGGUGCUUGAGUGGACAUGGCGAAGAAGAGCCAAAUAA